AAGUUAUGUUGUAAGUGGGAACGGUUUUUAAUAAAAGCCAAUUUAAUAUUUUUGACGUUUGAACUUUCAUCUUUAGUAGAGCCUUCGAUGGCGGCAACAGUUGUUCAGAUGCUUUCUUUAUUGUGCGGCAACCAACUUCCACCAAAGUCCUAAAGCUUCCUUGAAUCUCCCCAACGCUCUGAAAGUGAAGAAACGUCCCCCUUCACUGGUUCCAUCAGCUCUUUUUCUUCUUCAAUCUCCAAGCAUUUCAAUGAAAAUAACGUGUGGAAAUUUCGAGAAGAUUGUCCUUACAAAGGAACAAGGUAGAAUUUGAAAUCUCUUUCGCUUUUGAACUUUCUUUCUCUCUAUUUAGGGUUUCCUGAGUGCUGCCAUUGUUGGAAUCUCUGCUCUGUGGUUCGCGAUUGAGGUUCCUUUCUCUCGUUUCUCCGAUUGCAUGCUCGUAGGAUGACUUAUGGCAAAUAUUGGUGAAGAUGAGCUUGAAUGGAUUGAAAGAGUGAGAUCAGGAGGGACUAUUCCACUUCGUGGUGCAAACGGUAAUUACACAAAUUGUUGGAGUUCUCCACAUGGAGACAAGUUCCUUGUGAGAGGUCCUGAGUACUUUUCAACCAAGGCAAAAGUUCCUGCAGGCGAAUCGCUUCUAAAACCUCUUGGUUUCGACUGGAUAAGAAGCUCUGCAAAGAUUGGAGAGAUCUUGAACCACCCAAACAGCCGUAUCCAGAAAGCGAUUAAGGAUUCAUUUCCUACAGGUCCAAGGCCUUUUGUCUGGGCAUUUAAUCUACAACUUCCAAGCAAAGAGAACUACAAUCUCGUUUCAUAUUUUGCAUCCACAGAGCCCCUUCCCAAAGGCUCUUUAAUCGACCAGUUCCUGAAAGGUGAUGACAAAUUUAGAAACUCAAGGCUUAAACUGAUUGCUGAUGUUGUUGAAGGCCCUUGGAUUGUCAAAAAGGCUGUCGGAGAGCAAGCGAUUUGUGUGGUCGGUCAUGUUCUUUCGUGUAAACACAUCGUAGGGGACAACUUUUUCGAAGUUGACAUCGACGUGGGAUCAAAUAUCAUGGCGAAGGCCAUGUUUCAUCUGGCGUUUGGUUACUUCACAAACUUGACAGCUGAUGUAGCCUUUCUUAUUGAAGGAAAAACAAAGCAUGAGCUUCCUGAAAGACUUUUGGGGUGUUUUAGGUUCUCUGAACUGAACCCUUCUUCAGCCAUGCCAAUGGAGCCAUCUAAUUCCUUGGAGAAUGAUGCUACAACCACUAGGCAAUCUUCUAUGGCUACAAGGCUGUGGAAAUCAAUUCGCUAAGGUAUUUCUACCAUUCCUCGUUCGAGUAAUUGAAUGUAGGAUAAACAUUGUCAUUGAGAGGAAAAUAUGUAAGAAUAAUUGAUAAAUUUGAGGCUUAAUGUGUUAUUUAAUACUUAAUGUUCGGAUCAUUUUUCAU